AUGUUUUCCAUGCUUCCGGACCUCACUCCGCGGGAUUCCCAUUCCCUCUGGUACACCUCCCGCCGCAACCCCCUCCCCCCCUUCUACACCGCCCUCGACUCCUCCCACACCCUCUCCGACGGCACCACCCACCACCCAACCACCACCGGCGGCCCCAACAACCCCGCCGGCACAACCCCCAACAACCCAACCCAAAACACCCCCGCACCAUCAACCCAACAAACCACCACCGCCGGCGGCGCCGGAGGAAAUGGAGCCCGCCAAAACAACGCCCACUCCGCGAGCACCAUAAUCGAGCGCUCCGCCCUCGGCCGUCUCCAAGCCGACGAGGCCCUCCUCGCACGACGGCGCACAGCCGUGUGUAAUCUCGGAAGCACGUGGUUGAAGCCGAUUGGGGUGGCCAAGACGUUGUUUCAGAUGCGUGAGGAGCGGCGCGAGGCAGAGGAGGUGGCGGAGGCGUUGAGACGGGAGAUGUUGGUGCAGGAGUUGGCGGAUGCGGAGGCGGAGGCUGCUGCGGCUGCUGUGGGUGGGGAGGAGGGUGAAGGGGAGGAGGAAGAGGAGGAAGAAGAUGAGGAGGAUGAGGAGGAUGACGAAGAAGAGGAAGAGGAAGAAGAGGAGGACCUAAGCGAGGAUGAAGUAGAGCGACGACAAGAGAUUGCGCGGAUCCAAGCACGAGAAGAGCGCAUGCGCGAAAUCAGAGAGCAAAACGACGCCCAGCUCCGCCGAUCCGACGACGUGUUCGACUUCGACGAGGAACCGAGCGAAGAGGAACGCAGCCAGAUGCUGGACGAAGAGGACCUCAUCCGCGGUGGAAAUGUAAACGUGGCAAUGGGCUCGCAGGUCCAGCCCCCAGCGGGCGGGAUGAGCGGUCUCGACAUGGACAUGGAGGCGGACCUGGACGGCGAGAUCCCGGAGGCGGAUGCCGGCGGCUAUGAGCACACGGACUCCGAGGCCGAGCUCGACAGUGAAGGGGAUUUGCACGAUCUCAGCUACGCGCGCAGCGCUCGUGUCAUACAGGGGAGGAGAAGCAGCCCGCGACGGCGGAGUGCAGCGCCGAGAUCGAGCCUGGAUAUUAGCGGGCUAUUGGAUGGGAGUAGUAUGAUAGGGAGCAGUCCACAGAUGCGACGGGGUCAUUACUAG